GAUUCAUUCAUUUAUCCAUUCCUUCCCUCCUCAUUCAUCUUUCCUUAUCCUAUACUACUAUCGUAUCUACUACUGCAAACCGCUGCAAGACACAUCCAUUGAAUGUCGUGCUCAGAUCAUUUUCUGUCCCUUGCCGCGCCCCUUUUCGAUCCUCGCCCACCAAUCACAGCCGCCCGUUGCGAUCGAUUCUUAUUCUUGGGCCAUCGACAUCAUUUCUCAAGCCUCCCACCACGACGUCUCCUCUCCCCUCGUCCAUCACGGCUUCUCCACCACCCACUCACGCCGCUCGGCUCCCUCGGUCGUCGUCGUCCUCGAAAACGACGUCUUUCGCGCCACCACCGGAUCCUUCACUACCAUCGCCCCAGGUUAAAGCGGCUGCUCCUCAUUCCCCACGAGGCCGCCGCGUCCGGUGCCGUUCCUUCGAGUCCCAUCAUCCCGCAGCACUUGCAUCGGCCGAUCGGGUCGCCGCAGAGAGCUCCCCCCAAGCUCGAUUAUCGUACCGACGAAAGAGUUCCUGGAUACCCCCGGCGAUCUUGCGUCCGCCGUCGGUUCGACUCGCGAAUCCCGUCAAUUACGUCCCUCGCAUCACCCCGGUCACAGUUCCCCAUUUGCAGCAGUUAUCGGACGAGAACCUUCCGCUCGAAGCGCAACGAGACGCCUAUCCUCUCCUGACCAUUCCCGAACGGCGUCGUAGUCGACCGACCCCAUCUCCGAACAGUCUGGUGGUGGAGCGCAGCCAGGGGGAAACGGA